AUGCUGUCAAGUGGGUCCUGCAGGCAACGGCAGACCACCAAGGAAGCAGCGAAUGAGCUGUCGGCCCAGCUUGCUCAAGAGCGGCUGAAGAUGAAGCACAGGAGGAGGACGCAGAAGCGCCUGGAGUCGAGUACCACCGUGGAAGGAGCCAGGGAGGUUGGGGACGCUGAGACGCACAAGGUGGAGCAGCGCGAGGCUGCCUCUCACAGUCGUCGCACGGCUGAUGCCAAGACUACGAAGAAGUUUGCCGACGAGCUCGAGUUGGCGUCCCAUGUCCUCCUGAGCGCUGUGCGAGAGCGAGACCAGCUGCAGGAGAGCUACCUGCUGAACCAACUGGACGGGGAGGCAAUGCUUUCAAGGGCAAAGGAGAAGAUACAAAGGAAUCAUCGGCCGUGCAGUUUCUGCAACUUCAAGUUUACCUCAGAGCUUCUGUUUGGCGAGGACAAGCGCUGUCCUCGAUGUUACCUGCUGUAUGGGCCAGAUUGCAAGUAA